AUGGGAAGCGCCGAUAAGGAAGCCUCAGUCGAUUCAUUUUUGUCAAAUAAAACAGCAAUGGAAUUCCUCCAUGUUGAUGAUUUGGCUGAUGCUGUGGUCUUUUUGAUGGAUAAGUAUAGUGGGUUAGGCCAUGUUAAUAUGGGGAGUGGGAAGGAGGUGAGCAUCAAGGAACUUGCAGAGUUGGUUAAAGAGGUGGCCUUCCAGGGACAUCUUGUUUGGGAUUCCACUAAGCCUGAUGAAACCCCAAGAAAGCUGAUGGACAGCUCUAAGCUCGCCAACUUGGGAUGGGCACCAAAAAUUUCCCUUCAAGAUGAUCUUGUCAAUACCUACAAGUGGUACUUGGAGAAUGUCAAACAAUGA